UGCUGCCGGAGCCGGUGGCCUGGAGAGCGGAGGCGGGCGCGGAUUCGCGGAGCCGGGGACCCUCGGAGGAGCUGCAGGUGCCAUGUCGGAGCAGUCCAGGGACGCCCUGCCCAUCCCUCAUGGCAGCAAGGCUUGCCGCCGCCUCUUCGGCCCCGUGGACAGCGAGCAGCUGCGCCGAGACUGUGACGCGCUGAUGGCCAGCUGUGUGCAAGAGGCCCGGGAGCGAUGGAACUUUGACUUCGUCACCGAGACGCCGCUGGAAGGCGACUUUGCUUGGGAGCGCGUGCGGGGCCUGGGCCUGUCCAAGGUCUCCCUGCCUGCGGGGCCCCGGGGGGGCCGGGAUGACCUGGGAGGGGGCAAGCGGCCCGGCACCUCGCCUGCCCUGCUGCAGGGGACAGCUCAGGAGGACCACCUGGACCUGUCGCUGACCUGCACCCUCCUGCCUCACUCCCCUGAGCGGCCUGAGGCAUCCCCGGGUGUGCCUGGCACCUCUCAGGGCCGAAAACGGCGGCAGACCAGCAUGACAGAUUUCUAUCACUCCAAACGCCGGCUGAUCUUCUCCAAGAGGAAGCCCUAAUCUGCUCACCGGAAGCCUCAAGCUCCUAGAAAUGAGAGCCCCCUACAUCCCAGGCCCUUUCUACACCUUUUGCCUUUACUCCUUCAGUUUGUGCGUCUUAAUUAUUAUUUGUGUUUUAAUUUAAACUUCUCCUCAUGUACAUACCCUGCUUGCCACCACCCUCCUCCCCCACCCCUCCCCAGCCUUUGGCAUUUAGGAUUAUUUAAAAAACCAUUAGAUAGCAGAAUGAUAGGCUUAUUAGAGCACUAGGUAUUUUUAUUAUGCAAACUAUUAUUUAAAUACAUCUUCCCCCUGUGCUCCUCAUUUCCGCUCUCCCAGAGGUAAGGUGGGACUGGCAUGACCCUCACCUGCUGGGUGGUGUUCUCUGGAGGAGCCUGGCUCCCUCUGCUCACCGCCUGGUAGGUUUUCUGAAAUUCCGCCCCCUUCCUGCCUUCCCAAACCUGGAUUCUUUAUCAUUUGAGAAGUAAACAGCACUUUGAAGGGGGGCCCAGCAGGGUGGGGUCAGCAUCAAAACUUUGGGGUCCUCUCACCUUCUCUAAGGUUGGGCAGGGUGACCCUAAAGUGGGCACAGCCUGGAACACUCUGUCCUGUGAAGGCAUGGGGGAAGGUAGGGUCCCGUAGCAAACCACCCCACCUCCCCUCACCCCCUCUGCCACCACAAGGGAGACAGUCUCCAUGUUUGGCCUCCCAUGAGGUCUUCUAGGAGCUCCGGAUGCCCCCUGUUUUCCAGCUGGGCUUUCAAGUCUCUCUGUCCCCCGCCCCUCCCCCAUUCUCUUUCCCACUAGGUCCCUCUCAGUCCUGGGUGGCAGCUCUGGGAUGCCUGUUCCCCCAGCUUAGUGGACUGGGAGGGUUUCCUAGGGGUAUACUAGAAGUGGGGGUCCCCAGUUCUACCUCAGGCAGCUCAAGCAGCGACCACCUCCUCCUCUCACUUCCUGGGGCAGAGGUCCUGGGAGGGUGAGACAGGCCUACUUGAGUGGGGAAUCUAUCAGGGGCAUAUUGGAGGGGAGCAGAUUUUUCUAGGAGAGAGAGGGCAACACCAGCCCCUGGAACUCAUCCAAGGACUUUCCCCACUGCCCCACCCUUCCCCCAUUUCAUUGCACUUUGAAUAGCAGCUGAACAAGGAGUCAGAUGUUUUAAGAUAGCAGAGGUAGACGCUGUGGAUAGGGCAUGCUACAUGGCCUAGUUGUGAGUUAUUGUUUCUUCUGGCCCCCAGAGGUACUGAAGCACUUAGUGGGUCUGACCCCAAACACCCUAAGCUCCUGUAACAUCCUGGCCUGUACUGUUUUCUCCUGGCUCCUCAUGUGUCCUGGUUCUCCUGUUUCCACCUAGACUGUAAGCCUCUGAAGGGCAAGAACAAGUCCUAUACUGCCCUGGGUCUCUUACAGCCCCUCCCACAGUGCUGGGUACACAGCAGGUGCUCAAUAAAUAUUUCUUAGUAACUUG